AUGAAYGAAUCACGCAAGUUCCACACGUAUGUCGCUAAUCGGGUUACUUACAUCAAGAGCGGUUCGACAGUAGACCAGUGGAAUUACAUUGAUACCAAAUCCAAUCCCGCCGACUCUUGUACAAGAGGAAUGGCCAUUGAUGACUUCCUUUCAASUGAAGACUGGAAAACGGGGCCGGAAUUCUUAAGGCACAGGAAUAUCGAGAUACUUUCACACCCAAGUGAUGUCUAUUCAACACUUGAUGAAGAUCCUGAAGUCAAGAAAGAGAAAUGCUACCUCAUCACAGUUGUAAAGGAAGAAGACCCUUUGGAAGCGAUCUUCAAGAGAUUCUCAUCCUUUUUUCGCCUAAAGAAAUUCAUCGCAAUAUGUCUGCGACUUCAGCAAAGAUUUCGCUCAAGAAAGGGGUCACAAGUUCAGAAUGCAAGACAAAGGGACGAGCUUAUAACACUCGGCGAAGUUCGUUAUAUCCAAGGAAAAGCCUUUCCCCAAGAAGCUGCAGAUCUCGCAAAUGGCACAAGUACCAGAAAGACAAGUCUGAUUCUCAAGCUGGAUCCGAUUCUAAAGGAUGGCCUGAUACGUGUUGGUGGCCGUCUAAGGAAGUCCUCGUUGCCCUAUAAUUCAAAGCAUCCAGCCAUUGUUCCAAAGAAUAGCGGGAUUGCCAUGUUGAUCAUUAAAGAAGCGCACUUCGUGGUGUGUCUGGCCACUCUGGAAGGGAAUACGUGCUAA